AUGAACCUGUCUGCCAUCAUUCACGCCAUCAUGCUCUCGUGUCCCGGGGCAUUGGUGUGGCACAAUUUGGGUGAGGGCAAAAUGUCCCACAGUCUCAGUGGCUCUCCUCUCGACUUUCUCCCAUGCCCUCCCUCCACUCUUCCCAUGCCCGCUGCUAAGGAAAAUAUUAAUAUAAGAUUGAUUCUGAGAAGCAUAGAAGAUGAAAUUGUGCACAGGAGUGAGAUGUCCAGUUCUAAGUGGUCAGUUGAUAAACAGAAACUCUCCAAUGCCGGUUGGCUUCUUUUUAGAAUUCUUCCAUGUUUAGAAAUCUUGGACAAGCACAAUUUUGAUAGGGUGGAAUCUGCUAGCAGCUUUGAUACUCUCUACAACAAAAUAUUUUCUGCAGCAUCGAGUAAAGAUGGAAAUAAUUCUGGUCCUUCUAUCAACAAGCUCGUCAUAAACUUCCUGUGUGAGUGGGCAGUGACGACGAAACGGACAGGCCUGCAUAGGAUCACUGUUGUCGCCAAGUUGCUUGAGAAGUAUCAAAAUAAUUUAUCCAAUGAAAAAAGUUCAGAGAAUGAAACGUCGGAUGAUAAGGACACAGACACGCUGCCACCAUCAUCCUCAUCAUCACAUCCUCCUUUCCAGAAUAUUCUUUUUGACUUCCUUGAUAACAAAGCUCCAUAUUUAACUGAGGCGUCUUCAAAUGAAAUGAAAGGCUCCUUUGCAAAUCUAGUCAUGUUGUUCAGUGAGCUCAUUCGGCAAGAAUUAUUUUCACACGAUACGUACGUCUGCUGCCUGAUAGCUCGAGGUGAACUCUCAAAUGCCACAUCCAUCUUGCAGUCCAUCCAAUAUUUGCACGUUCCUGAUGAUGGUAACAGCAGCAGCAGUAGUAGCAGUAAUGUUGCUGGCAACAACAGUUCUGGAGGUCAACAACAAAUCCAACAGCAACAUACCCCACAACAUCACCAAUCACAACAACAAUCAAAUGUGCUUCAGCAUUCAAAUUCUCAACAAAACUUCCAACAGCAGCAAUCGCAACAGCAACAGCAGUCUGUUUCCGCAAACACUGUUACAGCAGCAAAACCAUUUGGAAGGGAGAUUCGACACAUAUUGUACGUCUUACACUUUCCAGUUACCAGCAGUGAGCCAUGCAGCCACGAAAACAACCAGCGCGCUGUCGUUCUCUGUGGCUUCGGCCGGGCGAGGGAAGAAAUGAAGCACACCAUCAAACGAAUCACGAAGGACAUCUCUAAACUUUUUGGUAAGAAAAAUUGCCUCGAUGUCGUCACUGGAGAAGUAAACAACAAAGUCAAAAAGAAGAAAGAAAAGGAUGUAACGACAGACCCGGCCAUCUGUUUGGACAAUUUGUUCAACAAAUUCCAGAGACUUUCCUACCACAGUCAACAUCUGGUCACGAAUUGUAUUGUGAAGUCAUUAACAGACGCCAUGCAGUCUUUUGCUACUGGGAACACUCAGCUUCUGCCGUCUGUUGAGAAUAUUUCCUUUUUGUUUGAUUUGAUAGAAAGCUGUGACAACAUCUUCCUCCUAUUGAAUCUUGUCAAUAAGCUUCUUACUGAUAUUCCGGAGAUUGAAGUUCAGCUGGUAUCGAAGGGAUCUGUUCUUGCCGGAUCAUACAGCACCAACCUGUGCAUGUGCAUCGUGGGUGUUCUGAGGGUGCAUCAUGCAACCCUGCUUCUCUUCCAUGAUCACACUGCAACUGUCUUCGAUUGUUUGUGUCGAGUCGUAAAGCACGUUGACAAGCCAUCAGAAUGCACAUCGGCUGAAAGAUGCAUACUUGCCUACCUGUACGAUCUCUACACUUCUUGCUGCAUUGUAAAGACCAAGUUCUCAGACAUGUUUGCCGGUCCAUGUGCCAAAGUGAAGAUUACCUUGUUUUCUGACAUUGUGCCGUCCACUUCAAAUCUCGUCUGGGAGGACAAGCCCUACUCCAAAGAGCUUGCAGAAAAUCCCAAGUUUGAUUUGUUUGUUUUUGACAGUACAUUUAUAAAGUUGUUAAGUGAUGAACCAAACGAUAGGUAUGGGUUUGUCUGCAACAUGAUGGCAACUAUUUUCAACAGUCAAAAUGUUGAUAGAGUUAAUGAUUUGUCAAUCUUGUGUGCUGAACUAACAGCUCAAUGCAACGUGCUAAGUUCUGAUUGGCUAGGCGUACUGAAGGCAUUGUGCUGGUCAUCCAAUCACAACUGUGGCUUCCUUGAUAUUCUCACUCAAUGUGAUGUUUCCGAUAUUAGUGUACAUGAUUCGUUGGCAGUUUUUGUGGCCAUCCUGAUUGCCCAUCACUGUUUCUCUCUUGAGGAGCUGAUUGGACAGGUGGCAUUACAGUCUCUAUUGGCUGCCUGCCCUACAGUUGGAUCGGGAGGUGAUCCGGAAUGUGAGCCAGGAGCUCGACUGACGUGUCAUCUGCUCAUGCGCAUCUUCCAAAUGAUGAGCGGGACGCAUGGGAGCAGUGGUGCAAGCAGGUGUGGCACGCCCAACAUGUACAUCAAGUUGUCCAGGGAUAGAAGGCUGAUUGAAGCAUCUACGAGGAGAAUCACUGUUGGAGCUGUUGUGGCUGUCUUGAAGGCCAUCCUCAUGCUAGGAAAUUAUCCUGUUGAAUCGAGUAGCAUCACGAAGCCAUCAUCGGUCCUCAAGAAAUCAACCAGUUUCCUUGAAAGCAUUCUUGAAGGCAGUCCUGAGAUGCCCAAGAACCUUCCUAAAUCAAAAGAGAAUGCAGGCAUGAGUGGAUUUGCAAAGCACUGCCUGAAGGAAAUGUGCAGCCAGGCCUGGGUCAGAGAGAAGUUCCUCCGGGAACCUGAGCUUCUUCUUACUUCUGAUCUUCUGCUUGAUAGGAUGCUUUCACAGAAGCAGGCUUGCCAACUUGUUCAAAUGAUUUGUUACCACGAUGACGACAACGACGAUGAAGAUGAAGAAGCGAACUUGAUGAGUAAAAACAUCAGUCGAAUAUUGAGAAACAUGGAUGAGUGGAUGAUGAGGGUCUCGCUGCUGGAACUUCAACUCAUGGUCAAGCAGGCCUCUCCAUCUGAGCUGCCGACAUUGUUGGAGAGCAUUGCCAAGGGAACGAUUGACGUCUUCCAGCAACAAUCCAAAGUCGUCAAGCAACAAAGUUUGUGCCAGCUGUCACCUGCGGGGACUUCAUCUCAAGAUGAUUCUGCAGUCUUGAGUGCAUCAAAGGGCAGUAAGCAAGCGGAUAGCGUGUGGUUCAUAACACCUCUCAUCACGAAGCUCUCUGGUGCAAUACAAGGCAAAAUAUUGAAGACUGCGGGCAGUGUUCUGGAAACUGGAAACAAUUUCUGGACUGCCAAAAAUUCCAAAGAUAAAGAAAAAUAUUUAAAAAAAAGUUCAUCGCUGUUAGGCAAUCAACCUUUUUUGGGGUUGGUGCUUUCCUGCUUGAAAGGUCAAGACGAACAGAGGGAGUUCUUACUCAAGUCUCUUCAUGAUCAGUUUGAAAAAUUCAUUGCAAGUGCCAAAGAGCAACAAGAAAGAGCUGUUCCAGCAGAUGAGACGUUGCAGAACAUGUUGCAGGAAGCCUUGCAACUAAGGCUCAGUCUGGUCGGUAACAUGUUUGAUACAAUCCAGCGAAACAACAAUCUCAUCCAGGAUUGGUCUCUCCUGCUGGUUCAACUCAUCUGCUGCAGUGUCGUCGAUAUGCAGAAUAACAGCGACCUGUUGUCUACCUUGUUGGACAUGUUGGCUGUCCUCAUACACGGCACGCAGGCAUUUGAAGGACAGGACAAAGGUGAUGAAAACAAGAAACUCUAUCAAAACCUCAUUAGAAAACUGAAGAAAGAGUUAGGUGAAAAGAAAUCGAUGAGUAUCGAUCUCUUGAAGCAGCUACUUCCGUUGUCUAAAGUCUACAACGAAGUUAUUGUCAGCGAAUUUCAACAGGGCAGUGAUCCAAAGAACAAUAAAACAACUGAAGGAGAAAAAUCUCAAUGUCUACAGGUGACUCGAAAGGAACGAGUGAGUCCGUGGGAUAUCCUGGAAGGCCAACGCACGAGUACACUGCUGAGUCUUUCAUGGUUCGGAGCUAUCAAACGAGAGAAGAAGUUGCUCAAGUACGAGGAACAACACAGACUGCUGCUGCACCACACUCACACAAUCAAGAAGCCCGACACCUACUUCCUCGAGCCUCCUGUUCUGCCACCUGACGAAGAAGUUCAUCAGGAGAAACCUCUGUCUUCACCACAACAGCCAGAGAUCAAACCAAUGGAGCAGAUGGUGGAAGUGAAACAGGAAGUGACGAAAUCAUCAAAGAAGAACAGUCGCAGCAGGGUAAACAAGAAGCAGCCAGUCAGCAGGCCACCUAUCCCACAACAACCAAGCAUGCCGCAUUACGUCAAUCAAGGAGCACCUCAGCCACCUUCCAUGUCCUUCAACCGGCCGGAGAUGUACACGCCAUCCAUGCCUGUUCAGAACUGGUACAACAACCAGCAGUACCCCAACCAAAUGGUGCAAGGUGGGCCUCCAGCUGGUCGGUCGUAUCCUCCCUCUGUAGCUCCAACACCACCCAAUCUUCCAAAUCCUCGUCAGAUGUUGAACAAUGUCCUGAAAACGCGACAUCCAAUGCAACAACAACAACAGCCUCAACCACAGCAACAGUUCAUGAACACUUCUCAACAACAACAGCAGCAACAACAACAGCAACAACAGCAACAAAUGGUCUGGAGCAGACAAAGAGCUCCUUUAGCUCGUGGAACGCGAAUGUCUAUGUAUCCAACGCAACAACAAUCUCAGACACAGCCUGUGCAGCAAGCGCAACAACAAGCUGCUGCUGCACAAUUGUCAGGCCAACAUUUUCCUGGACAGGGCUAUCCAGGUUAUCCCACUCAGAACUUGCCGUCGCAAAUGGAGCAAGCAGCAGCAGUACCCAUGAACACAGCAUAUCCUCCCCAACAACAACCACAACCUCAACAGCCUCAAGCGCCAUCAAACAUGGGCUACGUGGCUGCCAAUCAACAAGUCCCCCCUCAAGGACAGUACCCAACAGCCGCUGCCAGGUACGCGAACAUGCCGUUGGCAGGAGGGUCAGGUCUGCCUGGCUACAAUCAGAUGAUCAGACAAGCAAACAAUCCUCAAGCCACCGGUUUCGUUGCUGCAUCGGCGAGCAUGCAGACACCACAUCAGCAACAACAGCAGAAAUACUUAAGACAGCAAAUGUUUCUUCAACAACAACAGCAGCAGCAACUAGCAUCACAGCAACGACAACAAAAUAUGCCAUUCAAUAAUUUCCAAUGAUUUGAAUUAUCAAGUUACAACUUUGCUAUAUCAGGAGAUUUUGAAAUUUAUGUAUUUAUUUUACGCAUGACUCAUUUAAUUUAUUUAUCACCUUGUUUACAAUUUUAACAAAUUAAACCAUGUAAUUAAAGACGACUUUGUAUAUCUUACUAUGUUGUGUGAUUUGAUUUUUGUCGGCAUGAAAUCGCAUGGACAUCUCUUAGUCGUAUUAAAAGUUUUAUAUAGG